AUGGCGGCGGAUCUAAACCCGGACUGGUUGUCCUCCCUUCCUUCUUCUUGGAGUUAUGGGGUAACUCGGGACGGACGCGUGUUCUUCAUCAAUGAAGAAGCAAAGAGUACAACCUGGUUACAUCCCGCUACUGGAGAAGCCGUUAUUACUGGGCAUAGGAAAACUCCAGAUUUACCAACGGGAUGGGAAGAAGGAUACACAUUCGAGGGAGCCCGUUGCUUCAUCAAUCACAAUGAGCGGAAGGUGACUUGUAAGCAUCCUGUCUCAGGUUUACCCUCCCAAGACAACUGCAUCUUCGUCGUCAACGAACAACCUGCACCAAAAGCUCCAGUGAACAAGAAAGACAGACCUACGAGCACCAUGAGCGAAGCCUCCAACUACACUGGCGGAUCAGACUACACCACCCACACUGGCAGCCCCACCUCCAGACCAUCAAGGUCUUCAAAAAAAGUGCAUAAUUUUGGGAAGAGGUCUAAUUCCAUAAAGAGAAACCCCAAUGCUCCAGUGGUGAAGAGUAGCUGGCUUUACAAACAGGACAGCACAGGGAUGAAGAUGUGGAAAAAGAGAUGGUUUGUGCUUUCUGACAUGUGCCUCUUCUAUUACAGAGAUGAGAAGGAGGAAGGGAUUUUGGGAAGUAUUCUCCUGCCCAGCUUCCACAUAUCCAUGCUGUCUGUGGAUGACCACAUCAGCAAAAAAUAUGCCUUUAAGGCGACACACCCAAACAUGCGGACAUACUAUUUCUGCACUGAUACUGCCAAAGAAAUGGAGUCCUGGAUGAAGGUCAUGACAGACGCAGCGUUGGUCCACACUGAGCCAAUUAGGAGAUCGGAAAAGGUAAAGGUAGACCAGCGUGGGCCUCAGGAGAUGAACAACAUGUUAAAUCACAGGAUUCUGACCCCACCUGAGAUCCAGAACAAUGAGAGAAACCGUGAGACACUCCGCCUGGAGGAGAAAAAACAAAAACGCCUGGAAAAGCAGCACAGCAUACAGCAAGAGAAAGACAGGAGUUCACACCAUAAGGAACCAGAAAGAUACACACUGCAGAAAGAUGGAGAGACUUACACUUUACGAAAAGAUGGCGAAAAGUACACUCUUCUGAAAGAUGGGCAGAAGUACGCUCUUCAGAAAGAUGGAGAAAGAUAUACGUUACAAAAGGAUGGAGAAAAAUAUGCCCUUCAGAAAGACGGAGAGAGAUUGUUACUUCAGAAGGAUGGACAGAAGUACACUCCACAUAAAGACCGAGAGCAACACACACUCCACAAAGACAGGGAGAAGUAUGCCCUUCACAAAGAAAAUGAGAAAUACUCCGUGCAAAAAGAUGGAGGGAGAUACACUCUUCCAAGAGAGGGAGAAAAGCACGCCCCACAGAUGGACGUAGAGCAUCAGAACCUAAAGGGUGAUAAAUAUGGUUUCCAGAAGGAAGGUGCUGUGGAGAGACCACUCACCAAGAUCAACAGUAUUAAGCUUCAACCUGCCCAGGCUGCAGCCAUUGCUGCGGCCGUGUCCUCAUCUCGGCAGCUCCAGAGCGCCGCCUCAGCUCAGUUAGGACAUUUCAAACCCACCCAGGCCAAUGGGUCUGGGGAGCGGAGCCCAGGGGAGCUGGGGAGCUCCCUGCCCCAAAGAACAGGAAGUAAUGCACACCCUCCUGAGCAAGAGAGGACCCUGAGUAGAACUGAAUCCAUACAACAGCAAGACAAGUGGAUGAGGACCCCACGCACACGAAGCUCAGAUGAUGAGACCAGAAGUAUCACCUCCUACCAGACCCUGCCCAGAAACAUGCCAAGUCACCGGGCACAGGUUGUUCCACGUUACCCAGAGGGCUACCGGACCCUCCCACGCAACAUUCUACGGCCAGACAGCAUCUGCAGCAUAUCUGCAUCUGUGUACGAGAGAGCGCUGGGUCCAUCAGCCACAGCAGCAGAAAAGCGCCGCUCCAUGCGUGAUGAUACCAUGUGGCAGCUCUAUGAGUGGCAGCAGAGGCAGGCCCAUAGUCGCCAUGGUUACGGCACUCUACCAAGCCCCAAGACGAUGAGCAACAUCGCUGAGCAUGCCACCCACUCUAUCCCCACAUCCCCUUCCCAUGGCUCCUUAGCCCACUACCACACCUUCUCUCCCAACCGGCCUUACAACUCUGCGUCCCGCUCUGAGGUGUCCUCCCCUGUGUUCCGAGGGGAUGUAACCAUCGACCGGCGCCACCGGACUCACUUAACUAAGUACUCAUAUCCACCGGACCGUAGACUGAUGCCCACAGGUGUACCUGCUCAGAGCAUCACUCCCCAGUCUCUGCAAGGAAAGACACCAGAGGAGCUGACUCUGCUGCUGAUCAAACUGCGACGGCAGCAGGCAGAGCUCACCAGCCUCAGAGAACACACACUCGCUCAGCUAAUGCAACUAAACCUCGAGGCCAACAACCCCAAGAGUGAUAUACUCUCCCAUCACCUCCAGAGGAACCUCAUGUAUUUGGACAGCCAGAUGAAGGAGAAUGAGCCUGUAAUCUUCAUGAUUCACACUAUGAUUGAGAACUCUGCGCCCAGGCCUCAACUCUAUCAGCAAAUGAGUCCUGAGGAGUGCAGAGAUAAUACUUACAGCUACAGACCACAGGACAUUGAUACUGAUGCUAAGCUAAGCAGACUGUGUGAGCAGGACAAGGUUGUGCGCACACAGGAGGAUAAACUACAGCAACUCCACAGAGAGAAGCACACCCUGGAGACGGCUCUGUUGUCAGCCAGUCAGGAGAUAGAGAUGAGCUCUGAUAACCCGGCUGCAGUGCAGAGCGUCAUUCAGCAGAGAGAUGUUCUACAGAGCGGCCUGCUCAGCACCUGCAGAGAACUUGCCAGAGUGAAUGCUGAGUUGGACAGGUCUUGGAGAGAGUAUGAAAGACUGGAGGCAGAUGUCACACUGGCCAAAACCAACUUACUGGAGCAGUUGGAGGCUUUAGGAAUCCCUCAGACAGAACCUCCAAGUCAGCAACAUGUACGUAUUCAGAAGGAACUUUGGAGAAUUCAAGACGUGAUGGAAGCUCUUAACAAGAAUAAACCCAAGAGAAGUACAGACACAGCUGGUUUUCCUGGAGCCAAACCUUUGUCUAACCUAAAUAAGAGUGAGGAUGUAGAUUCUCUUCCUCCUCGGCCUCCUCUUCCACAGUCAUAUGAUGGGGGAGAUCACAUGCCCGUGCCCCCCCUGCCCUCUCCGGGUGGUGCGACACCCCACACAGCUCGCCCCACACCACACCGCCCUGAUGAACGCAAGACCGGCCAGAGGAAUGGCACUCAUGCCGGCCCAGACUACAGACUGUAUAAGAGUGAACCUGAGCUGACCACCGUGGCUGAAGUGGAUGAGAGCAAUGGGGAGGAAAAAUCAGAGCAGAACACAGAGAAAGAACCGGCCAGCGCUAAAGGUGUGUCACACCCUGUUGGAGUUGUGUCUCCCAGGACGAAGUCACCCAUGCCAGAAUCCUCCACCAUCGCCUCCUACGUCACCUUGAGAAAGAGCAAGAGGCCUGAUCCCAGAACAGACCGCCCCCACAGUGCAGUGGAACAUUUAUAUGGAGUUGAAGGUGGGAGAGUGAGAAUGAGUGUGGAAGAGCAGAUGGAGAGAAUGAGGAGACAUCAAGAAGGGGCACUGCGUGAGCGCAGGAGAGAUAUCCAUCCCAAUUCUGAGACCUCUCUCACUCACAGUCACUCUUUCAGCAAAGACAACCCCUACUAUACCCUGCAGACACGUAAGAGGGGCUCAGUGGUCUCCCCAGACAGUCAGGACGUGGUGCUGUCACCACAGGAAAUGGAGCUUGUGACUGAGCCAGCCAUGGCUGGGGAAAACAAGGAUACUGAAAGACUGCCCCUGGAGCGCUCUAACCUUGACAUGGAGGUUGCAUUGAGUCCUGACUGCAGUGUGGAUUCUAGGGCAGUAGAGGGCACUUGUCCAGAGCCAGUGGAACUGAAACAGGAGGAGGAAAGAGAUGAGGAGCAUAUUGAUAGACUAAAUACCAUAGACCACAUCAAGACUCUGCUUUGUGAGAACAGCCUGCAGACAGCAGUGCUGGUUAGAGUGGGAACUGAGGAAGAGGAUUAUGAGGAUGAUGAAGAUGACAAAACCACUGAACACAAGCAGGACCCAGAACAAAUUGUCAGCCUCUCAAAUGAGUUGGCAAUGAACAAUCUCUCUACUCCACCGCCAUCUCCACCUGCCUCCCCCUCUCCUCCCUCUCCUCCUCAACUUUCAGACGGCUCGCACUUCAUGUGUGUGUAGAACAAAGACCUGUGACAACAAUAAGGAGUGAUGAACGACGAAGCCUCAGAGGUCGAAGUGAGACCGUGCCUCAUAUUGCUC